AUGUCUCAGCUGAAAAAGACUGGCAUCUACUCAAAAAUCCUGCAGCUCUUCAGUUCCUCCCAGGGGGACUCGGCCGAGGACAGCAAAGCUCAUGCGCAAGAUGGAGAAACCGCAAGUAAGAGAGCCCGCAGGUCCAGCAGGAGAGAAGGAGGAAAAGAAGAAAGUAUUGCCAUGUCAGAUCUUGAAAAUAAAUCGCAAGGAGACAGGCAGGAUACUGAUAUAGAGGAUGAAAAUCAUUCUGCAAGGUUGAAGAUUGUUCGAGAUGCCGAUGCCAGAGGUUAUGGUAACCUGGCGCCAGUUACAACGGGUGGCCGCAUGUUCUGCAUUGUGUACGCUCUCAUCGGAAUACCGCUGACCCUGAUGCUGCUUGCCGUGGUGGGAAACCACAUCGUUCAUUACUUGAACGACGCAUGCGCAUGGCUGGUAAACCGCAUAAGGAGGUACCACAGUGAUUACGAGUUCGAGUCUGCAGACGCGCAGAUCAAUGCUCCAGUGUGGAUCGCUCUACCAAUCAUAUUCCUGUUUCUAGCAGUGAUGUCCUUUAUGUACUGUGCCCUAGAGGGUUGGGACUUUGGAACAGCGCUUUAUUUCAUUUUUAUCACGUUUACCACCAUCGGAUUUGGAGAUGUCGUACCUCAGUCUCAAGCGGGUAUCUGGAUCAACCUUAUGCUGCUCUAUGUUGGCCUGUCAAUUGUCUCCAUAACUAUCAACCUCUGUGCGCAGAGUCUCAUGUCUCAGCUGAAAAAGACUGGCAUCUACUCAAAAAUCCUGCAGCUCUUCAGUUCCUCCCAGGGGGACUCGGCCGAGGACAGCAAAGCUCAUGCGCAAGAUGGAGAAACCGCAAGUAAGAGAGCCCGCAGGUCCAGCAGGAGAGAAGGAGGAAAAGAAGAAAGUAUUGCCAUGUCAGAUCUUGAAAAUAAAUCGCAAGGAGACAGGCAGGAUACUGAUAUAGAGGAUGAAAAUCAUUCUGCAAGGUUGAAGAUUGUUCGAGAUGCCGAUGCCAGAGGUUACGGAACUCUGCAAGAAUAG